UUAGAGCUGUUGUUAGAGAAGCAGUUAGCGAGGGUUUGGUUGAAUGGUUGGGCAUUUGGUCAAGUGGAAGGGAACUCUUUACGCGGAGAAGAUGAAGAGAUGAUGGAGAACUCAGAUGGAAAGAAUACAGUCACAGAUGAAGCUUCUUCAGUGGUAGAGCCGUUCAUUUGUAUGGAGUUUGAUUCAGACGUCGCUGUAAAGACUUUCUAUGACGGUUUCGUUAUGCGAGUGGAUGCUUUCAGGCGGUGA